CACGUUGGGGUUGGAAAUCCGCGUAACAACCAUAUGAAGGUGACAUGUAAACCACCGAGUUAUGUACUGUAGCUAAAGAUUUCAGCUUGUCGAUAACUACUUGUUACACGAGAGCUGUGACUCGGAGUCUGUCUACUGGGUAUCAGACGCAGCCAUGAAUAAAAUAGGUAGACAGAUCUGUACAUUUGUGAGAGGGGCUUGCAAGCAUGUUACCGGGUCUGUGAGGACAGGAAGCUUUGCUGUGAAUGGAAAUGCCCGUACAGUGUCUACGACUGCUGUAAGACUGCAAGAGUCAGUGCAGCCUAGCACUGAUCUUUCUGAAAAUCAGUCUAGAGACUUCAGUUUCUACCCACCUUUGCCUGGCCAGGAAAGUUCGUUGAGAUGGGGUGGAAAAAAGUUUGAAGAGCUGCCAAUUGCACACAUCAAAGCCACAUAUAACAAUACACUCAUCCAGGUUACAGACAACCAGGGCCAGUCCAUGGUCAGGACAUCGUGUGGCACAGAGGGGUUCAGAAAUGCCAAGAGGGGAACCCCCAUCGCUGCUCAAACUGCAGGCAUCUCAGCUGGAGCGAAGGCGCAGGCGAAGGGCGUGACGUUCGUGCGUGUGCUGGUGAAAGGCCUGGGCCCCGGGCGUUUGCCUGCCAUUAAGGGGUUAACGAUGGGUGGAUUGGAGGUUGUGUCCAUCACUGACAACACCCCUGUACCCCACAACGGCUGCCGCCCACGCAAGGCUCGGAGGAUGUGAGGACUGGCUACCUCCACAUACCACACGCUGCAGGGACUCUGCUGUCUGCCUGUGAUUUAACACCAAUAAACUGCUAUUUGUUUUACAA